AUGUCGGCAUCUUUGUCCCCUGAGGAGGUUGAGCAGUACACCUCGAUCAUCGAUGGCAUCCUUGCUACCGCCGACCUCGCGACCGUUUCGCGGAAGAAGGUGCGCCAGGGACUGGAACGGUCGCUUGGAGGAAAGGACCUGAGCGACCAGAAGAAUGCAAUCAAGACCCUGAUCGAGCAACGAUUCGACGCCAUCGCUGAAGAUCCGACGCCUCCCGAGUCUAUGCCCACGCCCCCACACAAGUACGAAGAGGAGAUCACCAGCAAUGGCUUGCCGAACGGCACCAAGCAAGAGCAUGGAGAUACAGACGGCGACGCCAUGGAUGAUGCCUCUGGAGGCGAGAUCCAGGUUUCGACAGCCCCACGCAAGAAGAGAACCUCAUCAAUGGUCGAGGACGAGGAUGCCCGUCUUGCCCGCGAGCUCCAGGCACAGGAAAACCAGCUAGCACGUGGUCGCCAGACGAGGCGUGGCAACGACCGGCCCAAGACGAAGUCCAAGCCCAAGAAGAAGAGCUCUGUCAAGGUCAAGGACGACAGUGACCUGGACACUGAGGACUCUGGCACCACAAAGAAACGCAAGGCUGGCGGUGGGUUUCAGAAGGAGUUCAACCUCAGCUACCCGCUGCAGGAGAUUGUGGGCGCCGAGCGGCUGUCCCGCCCUCAGGUGGUCAAGAAGCUGUGGGAGCACAUCAAGGCGAACGACCUGCAAGAGCCCACGGACAAGCGCCAGAUACGCUGCGACGAGAAGAUGCAGGCGGUGUUCAAGCAGACCACGGUCAACAUGUUCUCGAUGAACAAGCUCCUCGGCAGCCAGCUGUAUCCCCUCGACGAGUGA